ACAUAUGUAUGUACAUACAUAUUUAUUAUUUACAUAUAUCAUACUCUGCUCCACAUAUAAAUAAUUUCGGUGAAACGUUUCUUAUUAAAUAAGUUAAGUACUUUUCAGUUAAUAAAUUCGUUUGGUAACUUUUUAUGUUCAGUGUUGUUUUGGAAAUUACACAAUCAAGUGAAGAAGAGAUUUUAAAGGGAAAUGGAAAUGAGAGGGGAUGAUGAUAAGGAGAGGGUUAUCGGACUAAUAGACAUGGACUGCUUCGAGUGCCAAGUUUAUCAGAGGGAUAAACCCAAGUUGAAGGGAAGCCCGUGCGUCGUGGCUAAUUCGAAAGGACGAAUUGUUUCUGUAAACUACGAAGCUCGUCCUGCUGGUAUAUCAAGAUCUCUCAAUGUGUCCGAUGCAAAGAAGAAAUGUGAGAACUUGACUGUCUUCAAAAUCCCAGACGUGCUUGGAAAACCCGAUAAUUCCAAGCUACGCCACGCCUCGCAAGAAGUACUCGACAUAAUUAAGGAUUACAUUGGAAAGAAUGGACGGGAUCAAAUGGUCCUCGAGUACAGCCCGACCGACGAAUUUUACUUGGAUUUAACAAACCACGUGGAUCACGAGCUGCAAGACAGAUUCAAAAAAACAUAUUAUGGGAUGAUGGCGGCUUCCCAAAUAUUUCCCCACUUGAUCGCCAUUCCAUUGUUCCUUUACACGUUACUCCAACACAGCCCGUUCGCUGCCUUGUUUGUAUGUCUCCUCAUUAUGCCGAGAUUCCUCAAGGAAUUAAAAUCUACCCGGGAGAGGAUGCGGUUACACUGUGGGGCCUCCCUGAUUCGCCGUGUCUGUAACGAGAUAGAAUCCAAAAGCAGAAUGACCGCGUCUGGUGGGGUCUCCGGUAACAAAUUUCGCGCAAAACUAGCCUCUUCAGAGAAUAAGCCGAAUGGGGUCGCAAUAAUAGAAGGGAACGAUUUUAACGACAUUUUGUCUUCCAAAAAGAUCAGGGAUGUUCCCGGUUUGAAGAGUGGUUUAGGAGAGAAAGUGUGCUCCACGUGGGGGAUCAGGGAUAUCCAGGAAUUAAAGAAGUACUCACGGGAUGAGCUGCUGCGCUACCUGGAAGAUGACGAGGUGGAGAAAAUCCUGAACAUUUUGACUGGCACCGACACCAGCCCAAAGGUUGCGAAGGAAUUCUCGGCAGCAAUUCAUUGCAGGAAACUUGGGGAUGAAGAAUUACUCAAGUUGGAGUCUGCUUUGAUGAAUUACCUGCCAAAAUCUAGUCAGUUUUUGAACAUUGUGAGGCAAAAGAUCCUUCAACUCAUCAAAGAACCCAUAAUUUCGGACGUAUUUCUCUACAAGGAUGACGAAACUCAAGAUUUUGAUAAGUGGGCCGACACUUUCGUUGUCUGCGCCCAAAAUAACGUAAAUUAUGUCCAAAUUCUGCAAAAAUUUUAUAGACUGGUCUAAAACAGAGAAAAGUGAAUAAGCCUCCUAAAGGAGACCUAGAAGACUCAACUCCAUAAGGAUGCGUAAGCCACGUUGAGAGCCAAUAACAGACGACGGCGAGGUUUUUGCACUUUUUCAUCUCAGUUUUUUCAGCUUCUUAAACAAUCAAAAAUAUACAUUUGUUUCGAUUUUGGCGUCCAACAUGUACAAUUUACUGCAUUUUUGACAGAGUUGAACUCCGAAAAUUAAAAAAAGACAUAAUUAAUAUUAAAGAAAUUUAAAUACAAAGAAUUUUCUGAUUGGCUGUCGAUGGGUGGGAGGGGUCGAAAACCACGCCGUCCUCUAUUAUUGGUUCUGGCUUUUCAACGUGGCUUAUGCAUUUAUGAAUGUAUGUUCAAUGGGUCUGAAAAGGUUAAUAUUUUCCAUGGUAUGUAAUUAGAUCCACAGUGAAUACUGCAUCCUACCGCGUCCACCAGAAUUAAUUCCGGUCAAUUCCGGAAUGAUGCAAUCCUUCGAGGAAUUAAUAGAGUAGGAUCGCACCCACAUUUUUGGAUCGGUUCCACAAACUUUUCUAGACUCGUAUUUGCGACCCAUUUUGGAAAAGAGAGGGAUUCAAUAUAAAGAUAAUCCAUGCGAUGCGCAUGUCCUGGAUGUGGAGACGGCAUUAAAUUAUGACAAAGAAUACACUUAUCAAGACAACGAAAUUUCAAUGAGGGUUUCCUCCAUUCGACAAAUUGAUGCGGAUAUUGACCAAAUUUUGCAAAAUUGGGCUUGGACACUUCCUCACUCAAAGGGAAUUUGUCAGGAACGAUUCGCAAACUGGGAUCCGUUGGGGUGUACGCGAAUCCGAACCUGGCCAGCUAUGCGGUCCACGCCUCGGUAGGACUACUCCAAGUUCUGUUCAUCUACGCCUUUCGUCGCCGCGGGUUGGGGAUCAUCGUGAUGAAGGCGCUCGCGAGAAAAGCGGCGGACCUCGGGCUAAUUCUGAGGGCGGAGUGCAUGGUGGACAACGACGCAUCGCGACAAGUGCAGCUCAAAGCGGGGAUGGUUUUUGUGGAUAAGACCAACUGGAUAUUGUGCCGGCAGGAGUAUGAUCGCUGCUGGAAAAAAAUAUUUCUUCCCGGUAUCCAACAUUGCCAAACAAUUUCCCGGUCCCAAAAAUUUCCCGAUUUAGUGACCUUUAUAGUAAUUCUUCUCACAAACCCUUUGGACAAUACAAUAGUACUUAGCUAAUUACUUGGUUUACUAAUUGUAAUUACCAUGCGUUUCUAUUAUUACACUGCAUUUGAUGCUACUUAUAUUCAUUUGUGGGAAUAAGAAGCAAGAAGUUUUAUUAUAUUUUUCAGCGUUGAUCUUCAGUCCCGCGAAAGAUUAUAUCAACACUGCAUGUACAUAGAUAGGAGAUUUUAGAAUUUAAUUGAGUGUAGUAAGGAGUAGAAGCUACUACCAAACUAAUGCUUUCAGUAUUUUUGAUAAGAAGUAUUUUGUAUACAGUAUGGUAGAGCUAACUGCAUGUAUAUACGAGGAAUGAACCGCGUAACUGCAAGAGUUCUCAUGUUACAAAUUUCUGGUUGAUCUUGAGGAUCAGUUAGCUUCCGAUUUGAAAUCAAUUUUUCGAAAGUGUUUUCCCCCAUUUAUGCAUCGUUGAAGGCGAGACCCACAGAGCCAGUUCUCGGUGGAAGCACCCACUAAAUUCAAGAAUCUUAUAGCACACAUAAUGUAAUGCAUAAGUUAUAUGACGCAUUUAUCUUCUACCUCUUUUCGAUAAAGUAGAUUUAUGGGAACUAUGGCCAACCAGCUCACGCUUGCCAAAACAAUCACAGAAAUAGGUCAUUUGCUUUCUAGCGACCCGUAGCAUCGGGGAGACCUACAUUUGUUAAAGAUGGCUAUCUUAAAGAUGGGUUCUUCGUGGAUUGCUCCGAAUUGAAACCUUCAGGGCAUUCUUCUUGGUUGGGGUUUUCUGGGUUUCGAAAAUGUCUUUUUCGACCGUUCCUUGUCAAUCUAAAUAGUCUCCAGGAAUCCUUUUCUAAGGUCAUGCAAAUUAAUCACUUGGCUGUACCCAAGGAACAAAUAACCUUCCGAAGUGUGCGUUUACAGGUCACCUCGAAAAACAUAUAAUAAGAAAAACUUUGUCAAUUGCCAACUGAUUUUGCUCAAAUUUUGCAUACCAUUGGGAAUAGGGAGUACGCCAUUUUUGACGACUCCAUUUUUAAGUAGAUGAUUUUUUUCCGACUUAUGGGCCAAAAAUACCCUCCAGGAGGAUGUUUCUUAGAGGAUUCCUCCCAAAACAAUUUCGAUAGAGUAAUUUUGUGAACCAGAACUCUAACAAUCUUCAGACAUAAAAAAUAUUAUUUCGUAUAUUUAUUGCUAUAUUUUUGCUUCCGCGAGUAACAACAACGGUUAUCAAAUGGCUGAGAUAAGUCGGUUGGAAGUUUCCCAGCAUUGCUUCACUGGGGGCUGUUGUGUUAAUAAUGCCAGCAAUUCAUUAUGCUAUGCAUCCUUGUUAAUUGAUGAAUAAAGGAAAAAUUUAAAAAGUUGCAAAAUAAAAAAAA